UUUUAUGAAUGCUUUGGAUCACUGUCAUGCUAAAAAAUAGUAUACACACUUUUUACACACCUCACUUUUAGCACCGUGGACAGUUCCAUGCCGCAACGCCAGCUGUCAGUUCAGUUCAAACGGUGGAGUAGGCUAUAGCUCGCGGAGCACACCAGCAUAGCCCAUCUGCGACAAAAAUAGAUUAGCUACAGUAUGGAGUAUGUUUCAAGCUCUACUAGUAAAGGUAUCCAAAAAGAAUAUCCCCGGUUUCAGACCAUGAGCCUUGGGUCAUCUUCUUCAUCUCCACAAUUAUCAGCGAGCGACGGGAGCACCUCGGCUUCGUUUCAGAAAUGCAAUACGAUGGUGCAAAGGGAAUUCGACAGUGCUGACCUUGCACACCAGUUUUCCAGGGAAAUGCAGUUUACGAAUAUUAAUGAAAAAGAAUUGCUUCAGGAGCUCAAUGACCACUUUGCAAGAUUCAUAGAAAAGGUUCGUUAUUUGGAGAAUCACAACAAAAUAUUAGCGAAGGAAAUCGGGGACAUUAGGCAAAAGAGACAAUUCUCUUCGUCCUUACCUCGUCUGUACGACACUGAAAUUAAGGACCUAAGGAAACAAGUCAAUGAAAUUACCCAACAAAAGCGACAGAUUGAAAUUGAACUUCAGAAUUUAGAAGAAGAUUUUUACAUUUUAAGAGGAAAAUAUGAGCGAGAAGCCCGUUGUAGGUCAGAGACAGAGAAAACCAUUAUGACAGUCCAGAGGAAUAUUAAUGACGCAUAUCUGUAUAAAUCGCAACUGGACAAGAAAGCUCGGGUUAUCGCUGAAGAAAUAGAUUUGCUGAAGAAAAAACACCAAGAAGAGGUGUCAGAAAUGAUGGCUAAAAUCCACGAGGCUCGGUUUAAUAUCGACAUGAAAUGUGUUGGGACACCGGACAUCACUACCGCUUUGGGAAAUAUUAGAAAGCAGCUUGAAGGUGAAGCCAGUUCUAGCAUCCAACAAGCUGCGGAUUGUUUCCAGGCUCGGAUGGCAAGCAUGCUGAAAGCCGCUGAAAUCAAUACAGAGGCACUCAAAGCGACGAAACAGGAAAUCGUAGAGCACAGAAGGCAACUGCAAUCUAAAAGCAUCGAGCUGCAGACCGUGAAAGGUGCCAGAGAGGCUCUGCUGAGACAGCUGAAUGACCUGGAGGAAGGACACGAUGCGGAGGUCAACUACUACCAGGACACUAUUAAGAGACUGGAGCUCGAGCUUAAACACUCCAGGCUACAAAUGUCUCAGCAUUGUCAGGAGUACCAGGAUCUGCUAAAUGUGAAAAUCGCUUUAGAUAUGGAAAUUGCUUCUUACAGGAGGCUCCUGGAAGGUGAAGAAACUCGACUUGAUUCGUGCACCCAGGGCUCAGUGCCACACGUAUACAGGCAGUCUCCCUUCUACAGCCUCCCUUAUCUGACCAUGCCCAGGAGAGCUUUCUUCCGAGCCGAACCGCAGUACAAGUUUGUGGAGGAGAUCAUAACGGAAACCACGAGAGAAGUGUUGAUGUUAGAGACUGAGACAGAGUCUGACAGGUCAAACAGUGAGGGAACCAGUGACAAAGGAGAGAUGGUGACUGGCGAUGAAGAGGACGAUGCCGAGGUCACCGCAGAGUUUGAAGAGACCCUAGAGGAGGAGGACGAUCUGGGACCGGAGGAAGAAGGGGACGAGUCAACACCCAAGGCUGUAGAUCAGAAAGGUGCUGUGACUGGAGAGGGAGAGGACGGUGAGGAAGAUAUAAAGGGAACCAAAUAUGUGCCUGACACAGAAGAGGAAACUGAGGACAAAGAACCUGCUGUCAGCCUACAAAAUGAGAGAACUGAAAAGGAGGACACCAAAGAAAGAACGAGGCAGGUUCACGGUUUUGAGGACAAAACACAGAGUACGUUUAAGGCAGAAGACCGAGUCAGUAGAGAAGUCAAGGAGUCAGAGCAGGCCCAGGACAUAGGUAGCUCUGUUAAACAUAAGAAGGCUGAGAUUUCUGGAGCAACUGAGAAAGCAGAAAAGUCAUCAGAUAUCAGUGUGAAAUCUAAGGAUAGCCCAAAAACAGAGACAGCGGACCCAGUGAAAUCACUAGGUGGUUCAAGUCCCAAUACUCCAAAGUGCAAGCAGGAUAGGCCACUAACAAGUGUGACGCCCAAAGGUCUCAAAAUGAUGGAUGCGGGGAGCCUGCCAAAAUUAGAGGAAAAAGGCACAAUGGCUCUGGAAGCAACACCUACCAAAAAUACAGUCUCUGCCACAGAGGAGCCCACAGCUCUUCCAAAAGGGCAAAGCACAAGUGAUGUGAUACAAAAGGAAAUCAUACAUGCCAUCGCUGAAGAGACUGGAGAGAAGCUUCCUGUUACAGAGACAGCAAGUGACACUGGACAUAAAGUUAAGGCUUCAGUUGACAUUGAAAAAGAGGACUUCAAGAGGUGCCCAAAGCGACCUCCAACAGAAGGAGUCAGAAAACAACAAACUGUGAGCGUGGGAGACACCAGUGGAAAUGGGGGACAAGAGAGAUCAACCAAACCUAAAGAAGAAGAGGGAAAAGAUUUAAUGGAAAAACACUCAAGAAGUGAAGAAGUGAAGAGGGCCAAACAAGCUCACCUGUGAUAAGAGAGGAUCCCACAGAGGUCACUGACACAAAAGGCAGAUCACAGGAAAGGCCAGGGGGCCCAAGGACAAGGCCAUAGAAAGUACCAAUCUGAGACUAAAGAGACCAUCAUGCCCUGCAUGGAGUUAACCUGUGAAACACUAGCAAAAACAGCAGAAUGAAAUAAACAGAGAUUUGGUAGACAAGAGAGGUCCUCCUCAAUAAAUGCACAAUAUAAUACAUUUCACAAAGGCAAGGCCACAUGUAAGGGAAAAACUGAAACUAAAACACUGGUAACAAAAGUUGUUGGCUUUCAAAUAGAACUGAGCACAAAUACACAGUACUGCUGCUAGGUUAUCUGGAUAUGGAGUGUUCUGGAUUGUGAGGUUUAACAUCUGCUUAUCCCUGUAUUCUCUCCUUACAUGCAUGAGCUAA